AUGGAGGAUCUUGAUAAGGAACAAAUCAACAUGAUGGUGGGCACAAUCCUAGGAAUGCUUGGUCAUCAAGUAACCGAUGAAAGCCUUCAGGAGAUCAUCAACGAAGUUGAUGUGGAUGGUUCUGGCGAGUUGGAAUUUGAAGAAUUUGUCACAUUAGCAUCAAGAUUUAUGGUGGAAGAAGACGCUGAAGCCAUGCAGCAGGAGCUGAAAGAAGCAUUCCGUUUAUAUGACAAAGAAGGUAACGGCUAUAUCACAACAACGGUACUAAGAGAAAUCCUGAGGGAACUAGAUGACAAAAUUAGUGCCGAAGAAUUAGACAUGAUGAUCGAGGAGAUUGAUUCGGAUGGCUCUGGUACAGUUGAUUUUGAUGAAUUUAUGGAAGUCAUGACAGGAGGUGAUGAU